AGUUCAAUGCGGAAACUCGGACAUCUGUCUGGAUCUCCGACUGUCCGACUCGAAGUUAGUGUUAGUUAGUGUGCGUGACCACUGAGCUAUAGGUGUGGCCAACUUGCAAAGAUACCACGUGACUGAGGACGGUCCACGUACCGGUCCACGUACUUCCUGUAUUGAAAUUAGGUUGGACGACCAACGUAUAACACCGAUUCAACACUGCUCUCGGAUUACUUUGUCAAAUUCUGUAACAGAACCCUUUGUCUGCGGCAGCACUAGUGUAAUAUUAGCUGUUUGCAUUGUCCGCAUGUGUAUCGAAUUAAACGCCUAACAAGCGUUUUCAUAUUCAAAAAUGUGGUCAUUACGAUCCGCUUGGCCAGCCUGUCACGCCGGGGGCAUUCUUCCCAUUCCAACCCCCCUGUGAAAAUGUCUUGCUAGCCAGCUAGUAGCUAUCUACACCUCAGCUUGUGGUUGUGCGUUGUAAUGUUUAGUAUUGUAUCCAUCUCUUCACUACUAUGGCUGUACGUUGGUUAUGCAGCCUGUUUGGGAAGCCCUUUGAUGGUGGGAAGAGAAUGGACCAUGGCAGCCAGCAGCAGCACCCAGCCAUGAAUAGGCUCUAUGAGGUCCAGCGGGAGGUUCAGUCUCUGGGCCCUCAAGUGUGCACCUUCAGCGGGCUAAAGAACGAGCGGGAGUACCGGCGCCUGGAGCGCGAGCUGACCCAGUUGCUCCUGGAAGUGGACCAGGUGAACACGGAGGGCAGGGCAGACCUACAGGGGGCACGCAAGAGAGCAGCCCAGGAAGUAGAGGGGCUGUUGCGCUACCUGGAGGAGAACGCCACCCACCCGUCUCGCCUGGCCAUCGAGGAGCUGAGCCGGGAGGCCCAGAGGCUGGUGGAGCAGGGGGUGGUGGAYCCMCAGCYGGCRGGGGGCACAGCAGAGAUCAGUGAUGAGCUGGUGGAUGCRGUGCAGGAGCUGAUACUGAGGCUCACCCAGGUGAAGACAGGAGGGAGGGUGCCCCUUCGCAAGGCUCGCUAUCGGGCCCUGACACGACUGUGUGCCGUGCAGGACGUGAUCGAGGGUCGCACGCGCCAGCAGACCCUUCCCCUGUCAGAAGACACGCACGUGGCCGUGCAGAGGAUCAACCAGGUGAUGGUGCAGGUGAGUGUUGCGCGCAGCCAGCUGGUGGCACUGCUGAUGGGGCUGAGUGGGAGGGAUAGCUGUGCCCACCUCUCCCGCGUGCUCACUGAGCUCCUAGUGGAGCUGGAUGCCCUGGACGUGUCGGGGAACGCAGCGGUCAGAAACUACCGCAAACAGGUGGUGGAGGAGAUCAACAGCCUGCUCAAACACCUGGACCUGGAGGGAGAGGGAGACGAUACGCGCAGGUAUGACUUGGGGCAGAAUGACUCUAUCCGUCAGAUUGAGGCGGUGCGUGGUCGGGUGGGCCAGCUGCAGGGGGAGGUCCUGCGACACUGUGGGGUGGGCGACCUCUUCAGGCCGAAGCCUGAGCUCCAGAGUCUCCUCACACAUCUGGACCAGGUAGACACAGCCCGUAACCCCUGUAUCCGUGAAGCCCGGCGGCGUGCCGUGCUGGAGGUCCAGGCUGUCAUCACCUUCCUGGACCUCCGUGAGGCCCUGAUCUGCCGCCAGCCCAGCCCCAACGAGCCCUCACAACACAGGGCUGUGUGGAUAGUCCUGGGCAGCCUGUCAGACCUCCAGGCCCAGGUACUCUGCUUCAAUGGCAAGCAUGCCGACAAGAGCUAUAUGCUGCUGGAGGAGCUUCUGACCAAACAGCUGCUGGCACUGGACGCGGUCGACCCACAGGGCGACGAGAUGACCAAGGUGGCCCGCAAGCAAGCAGUCAAGUUUGCCCAGAACAUCCUCAGCUUUCUGGACAUGAAGACAGAUGAGUGGGAAUACUGAUCCACUGGACAUAGCUGUAGGAUGCCCUAUGGAAUUGUAUAUAAACUGGUGCAUCAUCGCUCUAAGAGAGUUGGGGUGUGUAAAUAUUGUCUAAAUCCCAGAAUGCACGUCAGCAGCGCUUUUGUCUCUUUGUCAUUGUUGCUGGUCUGUAGGGGGGGGUGGACAACCCAAUAACAUUUUUGUGAAAUAGAAUUUGGAGAAUAGUGUUCCGACAUACAAUGUGCUUUUUAAAGUUUACAGAGCAUCUUUUUGAAAUCUACUGUAUGUGUGUGCGUUUUGAUCAGUGUUGUUGGGUUGUGGUUGCAAAGCCUGCGGCCAAAAGCACUGAAGCCUGUUAUAGUGGUGGUCAGAGUAGUUAAGAUAGUCACUUCGUCUGUUUUUCAAAAGCAGGAGUGGGACUAGAGUAAUUACAUCUUGAUGGUGUCCAUGUUUAGCUUGAUUACUUUGGAGGUCAGUUGUAAAUUUACUCAGAUGUACAUGUCUCAAAAUACUUCUUUACUGAGAUGAACCGAGUUUACAUCAGUACUGUGAGACAAGAUCUUCCUCUGUUCAUGUUGCUUCUCCACUUCCAUUUGCUCUGUCUCUCUUCCUCAAUCAACACUUCUGGGGCAAACUACCCUAACCCUGGACAUACACAGCUGUUGCUGGCAACCAUUCAGAUGACAAAUGAAAAGGAGAGCUUCUUUACGGCUUUAACCACUGUCCUACAAUAAUGAGGAGAAGGAGGAUGUAGAGUUAAAGGGCCUGUGAGAACAUUUGUCAAUAGGAGGGUAUGUUAUUAAAGGCCUCCUUGUAUAGAAUGAA